AUGUCAACAACAGAGAACACAACAACAGUUAUAGUCCAUGAAGCUAUAAAUGAAGAAUAUGAAUGGGUUCAGUUUAACAAACAACUCCGUCUCAUUCGUUCGGUCAAAGACGAUAUGUACCAAAUGCAAAGUAUUUUGACGGCUUGUUUUGCACCAGAUACUAAGGUUCCUAAAGACUGGUUUAGGAACCAAAGCACACAAGAACUUUUGAGCGAAGCACAGCGAGACAUACUUUUUUCUGAAAACAGUGAAGAACAGCGAGUGGGAGGGAAACCCCAGUCGCCAAAACUCUAUGAAAACAGUGAAGAACAGCGAGUGGGAGGGAAACCCCAGUCGCCAAAACUCUAUGAAAAUCGUGAAAAAUUGCCAAAUGGUUUGAGAGGAUAUUAUGUUCAUAGACUUCUCGUAAAUAAUGUGGCACAAUGGGCUUCAGCUCGCUAUUCAUGGUAUGUUUGUAAACUUCUUGACGAACUUCACAGACAAGAACGUGAAGAGAUGGAAAACAAGCUUGAAGCAAAAGACAAAAGCAUUCAGAAAAGAAUACCACGUUCGGUACCAAAAGGAAAGGAAAAGAACUAUAAGUAUAUGAUUUAUACUGAAGAGAUGGAAAAUGAAGAAGAUAAAGAUAUG